GCAAGGCAGCAUCAUUCAGCUCAAGCACUAAAAAAAGCUACUAAGCUCCUUCCUCCUUAAUUCCUCCCUAUCUUUUUAUCCAACAAAAAAAUGGGCUCUCUUGACGCAAGUAAUGCGGUGGUAGGGAGGACAACAGUCCACCGCCUAAUUGCGGAGGAAGGAGCAUUGCUUAUGCCUGGCAUCCAAGACGCCUUCUCAGCUGCCAUUUGUGCCAAAACCGGCCAUAAGGCUUGCUUUGUCUCUGGCUUUGGUGUCUCCGCCGCUCUACUUGGCUUACCUGACUUUGGCUUGCUCACAACUGCAGAAGUUGUCAGUGUUGUUCAAAGAAUAACCGCUGCUGCUCCAAGUUUAUGUGUUGUAGUUGACGGAGACACUGGAGGUGGUGGCCCUCUCAAUGUGCAAAGGUUCAUCAAAGACUUGAUUAGAGCCGGUGCCAAGGGAGUCUUUCUUGAGGAUCAAGUAUGGCCAAAGAAGUGUGGUCAUAUGCGUGGUAAGAUGGUUGUACCAGCAGAAGAGCAUGCACUUAAAAUAGCAGCAGCAAGAGAUGCUAUUGGUGAUUCUGAUUUUUUCUUGGUAGCAAGAACUGAUGCAAGAGCACCCCAUGGUCUCCAAGAAGCUAUUCGACGUGCUAACCUUUACAGAGAGGCUGGUGCUGAUGCCACCUUUGUUGAGGCACCUGCCAACAUUGAUGAGUUGAAUGAGGUUGUUAAAGGUGUUAAAGGUUUAAGGAUUGCAAACAUGAUUGAAGGUGGAAAGACUCCAUUGCACACACCAGCUGAAUUUCAAGAAAUGGGUUUCCACUUGAUCGCUCAUUCACUCUCAACACUUUAUGCUACAACUAAGGCUUUGAUGGGUAUCUUAAGGACUCUUAAGGAGAAGGGAACUACUAGGGAUGAUUUUGACCAAAUGGUUACAUUCAAUGAAUUCAAUGAUAUGAUUAGCUUGGAAUCUUGGUAUGAGCUUGAAACUAAGUUCAAGAGUUUCACACCAAAAGCUUGAUUAUCUCGACAAGAGUUUGAAUCAAAACCCAUUUAUGUGAAUUUAGUUUGCCAAAUUAUGGCAUUAGAAUGUGUGAACUUCAAUUCAUAUCAUUGUUACUUAUUUAAUAUUUGUUUGAAAUAAUGCGUUUGAGUUAUGUUGUUAGUUUAAAUUCUAGAGUGAGAGCAAGUUUCAGAUGCGAUGUAAUCUUUUAUUGUAGUUCAAGUAUAAUUUUAUGUUGUUUUUUGCAAUAUCAAGUGAAUAAAAAUAAUUCGUUGCUACCU